AUGGAAAUUGCUCAUCAUCAUCAUCAUGAAGAAGAGAAUAUGAAAGCUCUUUAUGAGGCAUCAUACCAAGGAAGUGUUUCGAUUUUGAACACACUGAUACAGAACGAUCCAUUAAUCUUACACAGAAUUAGCUCACAAACUAUCUUUGUUGAGACUCCCUUGCACAUAUCAGCUUUACUUGGCCACCUUGAAUUCUUAAAAACCCUUCUUACUCACAAACCCAAACUCACUCUUGAGCUGAACUCCUUCCAAAGCACAGCCCUCCACUUAGCUUCAGCAGAAGGCCAUGUCGAGAUUGUGAAAGAGUUGCUGUUAGCUUGUGAUGAGGCAUGUUUAUUUUGUGAUCAGCAAGGCAGGAUUCCCUUGCAUUAUGCUGUCAUGAGAGGGAGAUUUGACGUUGUGAUAGAGUUGAUUAGAGCCAAGCCAGAGUCUUUGAGGAUGCUCCAUAAAGGGAACACCAUUUUCCACCUUUGUGUCAUCUACAAUCGCUUGAAGAUCCUAAAAGCCUUGAUGGAAUCGGACACUACUCACACCUACGAGCUGCUCAGUUCAAGAGAUUUGGAUGGAAAUAACACCAUUCUCCAUUUGGCUGUCAUGUUCAAGCAAGUUGAGAUUGUAGGGUACCUGCUUUCAGUUCCUGAAAUAAGAGAGGUGGCAAAUUUGGUGAACUGCAUGGGUUACACCGCUCAUGAUAUUGUGAAACGAAUUCCACAGGACUUGAAGAGCCUUGAAAUAGAGUUGAUAUUCAUGAACACUACUUGCAUCAAAAGAGACGAAAAGAAAAGAAUGGAAAAUGCUCAUCAAACACCAAUUACUGAUGAGCUGGUUUUUGACCAAGCAGCUGCGAGCCCUAAGGAGAAGCGUAGGACAAAGAAAAUUUUCAAGUGCAUGGGAAAGUGGUUUAAGCAUAAUGGUGGUUGGUUAGAGGAGAUGAGAGGGAACUUAAGUCUUGUAGCCACUGUUAUUGCAACCAUGACCUUUCAAGUUGCCAUUAAUCCUCCAGGAAGCUUCAUUCAACAGGGUCUAGUUGAUUCCAAUGCCAAAGCCAGUAACAACAUGGGACCCCUCGAUUGUUUCCCGUUGACAAAAGAUAAUGAUGGUUCUGAAAUCUAUAAAGCAUGUCCAGGGGAAGCCAUGCUUGCUUCUCGUUAUCCAUAUGACUUCCGCAUCUUCGUAAUUUACAACACCAUCUCUUUCGUUGCAUCUCUUGGCGUUACCCUUUUGCUGGUAAGUGGGGUUCCUCUGAAGAAUAAGGUCGUGAUGUGGACCCUAUGCAUAGGAAUGUGUAUCACUCUCACAUCCCUAGCACUGACCUACUUUAAUGGACUUCUUUUGAUAUCCCCAUACACAGUUUGGGAUUCAACUGUUGAAGUGUAUAGCGUAGCCACUUGGACUUGGGUUGCGUUGCUUGGAGUCGUAGGUUUAUACAUCAUUGUGGGCGUCGUUAUAUGGGCAGUGAAGAAAUGCAUCAAGAUAGUUAAACAUUGCAUGUCCGUGUGUCAGAGGAACAAAAACGAGAAUGGUUGUUGUUUGCUAUGA